CCCAAAUAAACGCCGAUGGCGGACAAUACCCACGCCGCCGCCACCGCCGCCGCCGCCACAACCCCCGCCGCCACGAGCGCCGCGCCGUCGGCGGAGAAGGGCCGCCGGUCCGUCUUCGAAUUACCGCCCGGGUUCUUCGACUCCUGCGUCCUCCUUCAAUCUCCGCACUCCUCCUCAUCGACGACCGCCGCCUCCGCCGCGACCGCCCUCGUCCCGCCUCCCGAGGCCGAGGCCUCCCUCGCCUCCGACGUCAGAGCCCCAGAGGAUAGCCGCGAGGGCGGCGGCAAGGGCAGCGCGGACGGCGCCGCCCUGGCCAGAUGGACGUGCAACACCUGCAAGGUCGAGUUCGAGUCGCUCCUCGACCAGCGCUCGCAUUUCAAGUCCGAUUUCCAUCGCCUCAACGUAAAGCUGAGUGUUGCUGGGAAAGAUAUAAUGGAGGAGGAGGAUUUCGAUAAUCUGGCGUCUGAUUCAUUGAAUGACUAUGAGAUAUCGAGCAUAUCAGGUUCGGAAGAUGAACUUGAGCAGGGACCGAGGGUCCACAGUGAAUUUAACAAGGGUUCGGAUGCGAUUACUAAGCAGAAGAUCUUUCUGCAGCUUCAGACUGGCGAAAUAGUUUCUGUCUGGAAGUCCUUUCUUCAGAGUGAGUCGGAAGUCAUACUCUUCGAAAAUGGUAAAGCAGUCGCCGUUUAUGACGGCAGUUCCUCAACCACGUUAAAUGCGAAUGUAAUCAUUCAGAGGCUGAACGAUCUGGUUUGUGAACCGAGGGAUAAAACUCGUCUGAGGAUUGUCUUGCUUGCCAGUGGGGGGCACUUUGCUGGAUGUGUUUUUGAUGGUAAUAAUGUCGUGGCUCAGAAGACAUUCCAUAGAUAUGUUGUGAGGGCUAAGGCAGGCAAGAAGCAGUCGGUUAAGGAUGGAAGUGGCAGAGCUGCGCAUUCUGCAGGAGCCUCACUUCGGCGGUAUAAUGAACUUGCCUUAAAAAAGGAUAUUCAAGAGUUACUUCUUUCUUGGAAGCCUUAUUUUGAUGCUUGUACCAGUGUUUUCAUUUAUGCACCUUCAAAUAACCGCCAGCUUCUUUUCAGUGGAGAGAAGCCAUACUUUGGUCAUUCUCAAUCCGUUGCACGUAACAUUUCCUUUACUGUCCGGAGACCUACUCUUAAAGAAGCCAAACGUAUAUACAACCAAUUAACCCAAGUUGCAUAUGAAAAUGGUGAGAAAGAAAUAAUAUCGGUGGAAGCAGAUAAGUCACCUUCAAGCCACAGUGCUGUGCUCCACGAUGAACUGGUUGCUAUCAAGGAUGAAUUGGGUAAAAAAUUGGCACAUAUGGAGAUCAUUGAAACUUGUUUAAUAUCAAGUGACAGUGACCAUAAUGAAGUGAUUGGUAGAUUGACACCAUUGCAUGAAGCGACAGAACUGGGAAAUGCUCAGAAGGUUUGGGAACUCCUGGAAGAGGGGAGGGACCCUUGCGCAAAAGAUGAAAGGGGACGGACACCAUAUAUGUUGGCAAGUGAAAGGGAAGUGAGAAAUGUUUACAGACGUUUUAUGGCCUCAAACCUUGAUAAGUGGGACUGGCAUGCUGCUAAAGUACCCAGUGCAUUAACAAAAGAAAUGGAAGAAUCUCAAGCUGCUAAACAGGCAGAGAAAGAUGCCAAGAGAAAAGCCAGAGCAAAAGAGUUGAAGAAACUACGUAAGGCCAAAGAAAAGAAAGCUCAGGCUGAGGCUGCAGCCUCUCAAAAUGAUGUGAAAGCUCCGGGAGAUACAUCUGCUAGGAAAGGACUGUCUCAACCUAGCGGAAUUUCUCGAAUGUCCAAAGAGGAGCAAUUGAAGGCAGCACAGGCUACCGAGAGAGAAAAGAGAGCAGCUGCUGCCGAGAGAAGGAUGGCUGCAGCCGCAGCCCUUAGUGCUCAAGGCAAUAGUGGAAACUCAGCGCCAAGCUCUUCACAGCCAAAAAGCACGCUAAGUGGAGAUAGUAACUGCUCCUGUUGUUAUGUCUCGUUGGAUGGUAAAAUACCAUUUCAUAGGUAUAAUUACAAAUACUGCAGCACUACAUGUAUGCAUCUGCAUAGAGAAAUUCUCGAGGAUGGAUAAAUGCUACCUUUAGAGCAUAACUUAUAUAUAAAGCUUUCCCCCAUUUUUCUAUUGUAUCACUGGUGUAACAAUUGGAUCAUAUUCGGGGACGUUUAAGUUUGUUAUCCA